AUGGUUCGCAUUACAAUCAACAGGACUGGGGGAAACACGACCAUCGACGUCAGCGAGCUCGACGACAACGGCGGCGUCUAUAUAGAAGGCCUGCCUUGCACCUCCGCACAUGCGACAUCGCAUCACGAAUCGGGUAACUUCAGUGCCGGUGAUGUGGGUACUACUGGUAGACCCGGAUUACCUGGAGGAGCCAGAUCUGAAGACGGCACGCAAACUACCACCGAUCGUUACACGGGCACACAAAGCAACUUGGGAAGGCAAGAGUCUAAUCUUGCUACUCAACUACCUCUUCCGUCGACGACUGGAAUGACUCCACCCGUAUCCGACUGCCCCUUUCAAGGGUUCGCAGACCUGUUAACGACUAGACUUGAUCGCCUAGAACUAUUGAUCGAGUCGACAGAACGAUCGAGAGCUAGACACCCAGCACAGGAUCUGUUGUCUUCUCGAUCUCUCGCAAGUGCGCCUGUUCCGUUUAGUCAAGAGACGCUACAUCAACAACGCCAAGAUCGUCUCGAUCGGGUUCCAAAUAUUGUUGACAUCCACGAUAACGACUUUCACCAUAACGUAACUCGUCCUCUUGCCCUUAACGACAACGAGUUCCGCGAGCCGCCAGAGCAAUACCCGGAACAAAAUCCAGGACAGUUCCUAGCACAGUCCAUGAAGAGCGGCAUAGACCGGCCGCUUCAACCCGAUGCGCAAAGAGACCCAGAUCCAUACAUGGAGAGCGGGAUGGACAGGCCGCUUGGGCACGAUAGACAAGAUGCUCGAGCUCAGUCCAUGCGGAGCGAGUCCUACAGGCCUCUAGAUUAUCCUCCUGACAAUCUCGAGCCCGAAUUCGACCCUGUACGAAUAUGCCUACUUGGCAUCACGUAUUUGGUUUAUAUCAUCGUUGUAGCCGUUAUCGUCUUUGUCGCAGCAGACUGGCUGUUUCCAGUCGACGAGCUCCCCCUUAUUUAA